GCCAGCCGCCCGCGAUGACGAAACUCACUCUGGAUCCAACCUGAAGGCGAUCAUGAACAAGCCGUGGGCCGACGUGAGCAAGGCAGAGCAGGACAGCGUGAUUCGGCAGAUGGGCCAGAGAAGGGCGCGUGAGUUGUUGGCUGACAGCGGGCACCCGCCCCCUCUCCACUUCAGCGACGAGACGGCUCUGAAGAAGCUGCUUCAGGGACACUCGCCGUAUCGGGCGACGGGUUGUCCGGCAAGGGUCACGCCCCUCAAGCUCGACCUCGUGAGUCUGCCAGGCUCAGUUCAGGAGUGUCCACUCAUGACUGACAUGGCGCCCCUGGGGGUCAUCGGAUUCCUGGGGGACUAUCAGGAGCGCACGCUGGCGCCAUCGGUCGACGUGUACGAGACCGCCCCCAUACUUCGAUCCUGUGCUGAGGUUCUAUCAGAGGGAGUCUCAUCGUCUGCUCCGCCGUCUAGCGGAGAUCGGUAUCAUAUCUUGGACGUCACCCCGAAGGGCCAGGCGGGCCUCUUCACGGUGGAGAAGGACGGCGGCACGGCCCAGCGCCUCAUCGUCGACGCUAAGCGGGCCAACGAUUGCUUCAAGGCGCCGCCAGCGGCGGGCGAGGAGGUGCACGGCCGCCGGCUCGGCCGCGCGGAGGCAGGAACUCCGCGCCGGGCCGCCCUGCCAAUGGGCUCCACGUGGAGUUUGUGGAUCGCGCAGAUGAUCGACGAGGACCGCGGGCCGCCGCUGGUGGCGAGGCCCUGGCUGGCAGAGGAGGCCGACGAGAUCGGCUACUACGCGCGCGUGGACAAUCUCGGCGCGAUCGGGGUCUGCGAGAAGGCUGUCGGCCGGGCGCUCGAGCAGCUGGAGGGGGGCUUCAACCGUGAGGGCCUGCUGCUGCAUAAGUCCGAGCUCUCGCGGGCGGGCAUCGUGGCCUUGGGCGCAGAGCUAGACGGCGCCGCCUUGAGGGCGCGGGUCGCGCCUAAGCGCAUCUGGAACGUCUACGCGGAGCUGGGCGCACUACUGAGGCGCGAGCGGGCCAGCGCCUGGUCCGUGCAGGCGGUCCUCGGCCACUGCGUCUUUGCUGCCUUGUGCUGCCGAAGGUUGCUCGGCGUCUUCCACUCGGUGCGCGCGUUCGUGGAGCACGGGCGCGCAUCGGGCCGGGCUGAGCCGCUGUGGGGCGAGUGCCGAGCGGAGCUGCGUGUUUUCAGGCCCCUCGUGAUCUUCAUGGCCGACAGCAGCCUUGAGGGCUGCGCCGUGGCGCAGGCCUCCUGGCCCCUGGAUGCCUCGAGGGAGGUUGGCCGCACCUCCGAGCGCAAGCGCAUUCGGCGAGUCGGGUGGCAGGCGGACGGGGGCUGGUCAGUCGCCGCGGGGGCAGAUGAGCGGGGCUGCGACGAGCCGCCCUCGGAGACGGCGCGAGACUUGGAAGUCGACCGGUCUUUCCCCGAGGUGCCGGCCAGUCACGCGUCUCUGGCCAGCCAGCGGAGGGCGACGCUCCGCCCGCAGGACGUCCAGCUGGCCUUGCGCGAUCGCCUGGGCUGCAGUCGCCAGGAGCUCGGCCUCCCCGAGACCGACGAGCAGCUGAGCCGUGCGCCGGCGCUGGCCGACGUCGGCGCGAGCAGCGGCACCGACGACGAGGCGGGGCCCGGGCCCGGCGCCGCGCGGCGGGCAGUGCUGAGGCGCGCGGGCCACCAGAGGCGAUGCAAAUUCCUGGGCCUCGCCCUCGCGACCCCCGCGCUGGGAGCGAGCGCCUUCCUCGAGCAGAGCUCGGUGACUCCGAAGGUGCUGGAGCGCCGCCUUGCCGAGGUCGGCGGCUUCGUCCACUUCGCGGGCGGUCGCUGGGGUGCGAACAAGGGCGAGCAGGUCCUGGCUGGCCCUUCGCUGCCUGAGGGGAUGGCGGCGCCGGGCGCCGGGUCGCAGUCGGCGGAGGUGACCGCUGGCCCUCGCGCCGGCAUAGCUUGGCGGCUGGUGGAGCGGGGAUCGUUGCAGAUGGCUGCGUUUCCUCUUGUAUCCCUCAGCAUUUGCUUGAGGCCGUUGUGGGGCAUGGGUCGCCGUGGUAUCAUUGCGCCAGCUGCGGGGAUCUCCCCAUUCUGGAACCUGCUCCUUUUCCCUUCGCAGCACGCGGAGCGGAGCAAGACAGUUCUCAGCGAUGUCAGUAUAGUGCUGGACUCCCCAUGCCUGCAGUUUCUAGGACCGAUCCUGAGAGCGUUGGCCGAUGGGCCGCGGGAGGAGUCGGUCUGGGCGUUCGCGCACCCGCAGUGCCCGAUGGAUUUCAAAGCUGCGCUGGCCGAGCUCGAGAUCGGCGAGACCAUCGCUCCGCAUCAGACGAGGCGCUCGGGCUCGUCGAUCGAUAUCGCGCGACCCUACCGCGCCGUGUCGGAGGCGCAGCGCCGCGGCCAGUGGGCAAGUGUGAAGAGCGCCCAGCGGUGCGAGAAGGAUGCCAGGCUGGGAGCGCGCUGGGAACAGCUGUCAGCUCCGCGCGGGGGCUGCUCGAGGCCUGCGAAGCAGUGCUCGAGGACAUGCUCCUGGGCAGGCCGCGCGGCGUGA